CAUAUCUUUAUCUAUAUAUCCAUACCAUUUUAUACAAUUGAUCAUGAUCAACAUGGUAAACUCUAGCUCUAAUGUUCAAGUCAAAGAAGCAGUCUUCAUCACCCCUUCAGACCCAACUCCUUCUCAUGUCCUCAAGCUUUCCGCUAUCGAUUCACAAUUAUUUUUACGUUUCACCAUUGAAUACUUGUUGAUCUACCGCCUUGGUAGGGCGUCUGACAAGCGGGCCAUUGUGGCCCGUGUUAAGGACGCCCUGGCUCGAGCCCUGGUCCCUUACUAUCCUUUGGCAGGGCGAGUCAGGGCUCGAGUAGAUGGCUCUUGUCUUGAAGUUGUUUGUCGUGGUCAGGGUGCGGUUUUUGUUGAAUCAAGUGGUGAGUAUUCGGUUGCCGAUUUUGAAAAGGCCCCACGGUAUGUUUCGGAGUGGCGGAAUCUUUUGGCGUUUGAGGUGACAGAAGUCGUCAAAGGGGCCCCACUGCUAGUCAUGCAGCUAACGUGGCUCUCCGACGGCUCCGCUGCUCUUAGUGUUGGUUUUAGUCAUUGUAUAUGUGACGGUAUAGGAAGCGUCGAAUUUUUAAAAUAUUUCUCCCAAUUAGCCGUUGCAUGCCAGUAUGACGCAACGGCUGAAUUAAAACCGAAACCAAAACCAAAACCCGUUUGGGACAGAUACCUUUUAGAUCCCACACCAUGCACACUACAAACAAGUCACCACCCCGAGUUCACCCGAGUUACCGACUUUAGCAACUUCUCAACUCGGUUCAACCCCGACCAACUCACUCCCACCGCUACCACAUUUCACGAAUGGAGAGUAAACGAGUUAAAGACACUCGUUGCCUCAACGAGUCAACUCAGUAUAUCGUCAUUCACGACAUUCGACGUCGUGUCAGCCCAUAUAUGGAGAAGUUGGGCCCGAGCUUUAAACUUUCCACCACAACAAACCCUAAAACUAUUAUUCAGCAUUAACAUUCGAAACCGAGUCAAACCGAGUCUACCCAAUGGGUACUACGGCAACGCAAUCGUCCUCGGUUGCGCGCUAACCACCGCCCGACAACUAACCGAGAACGGACUAAGCUACGCAACCGAACUAAUAAUCGAAGCGAAAAACCAAGUCGACGACAACUUCGUCCGAGAAGUCGUCGACUCAGUGAGUCUGAGUUCAACUCGGGCGAGUCAAGUACCUGACUCAGUUGGGGUACUCAUUUUGUCCCAGUGGUCAAAACUAGGGUUGGAAAAUGUUGACUUUGGGCUUGGGAGGCCUGUUCAGGUGUGUCCCGUAUGUACAGAUAAGUACUGCAUACUUGUGCCAGUACAAGAUCACAGCCGUUCAAUUAAAUCUAUGUUGGCAGUGCCUACGGAAGCUGUUGGGAGAUAUGAGCAGCAGAUCAAAGCCCUGGAAUAAGUCGUUGACUUUUGUGUUGGUUUUGUUGUUUAAUUAAUGUUUUUGUGUUUUCCGAGUCAAAUCUUUUAUUAUCGUAAGCGAAUCAAGUCGUCACGUGGAAUAUUGGACACGUGGAGGUGAUGACGACAAACAAGAAUGUACAAAUGUUAAAUGUCGAUCAUUAUGCAAACAUGGUAGCAUUAUUUA